AGUUUCAUCAGAUCUAGUCUGAGCCAUGCCAUUUUUGAAACAACCUACUAAAAUCCCUCAGUCAAAGCUGUUGGAUAUUAAAACACAGAAAUGUGGAUUUCGGCACACAGUGUUCUCAGUCAAUGGGGAUGAAUACAUUGGGUGGCAGAACAAUCAGAAACAUGGUGAGAAAACGGGAGGGAAUUCAAUUUGGAAGACUGCUGCGCCAUUAUAAGGAGAUUGGAAAUUUGGGAAACGUGAUGGACAUGGUACCUACAGUGUACUAAUCCCAGAAACCAAGGAGUAUGCAAUGCAGUACUAUGGUGAAUGGAAAAAUGGCAAUAAGAAUGGUUAUGGGACACACUUUUACAGUAACUCAGAAGCUGAGGGGGAGUGGAGUGAAGACCAGCGGAGCGGCCGCGGACUAAUGUACUAUGAGAAUGGAGAUUACUAUGAUGGAGAAUGGCUGAAGGAUAAGAAUCAUGGACAGGGCAUUUAUAUAUUUGCAAAUGAAAACUGUUAUGUCGGCACCUGUAAGGAUGGUAAGAAGAAUGGCAAUGGAAAGUUCUACUAUUUGGAUAAAGGCCAGCUGUACGAAGGUGUUUGGGUGGAUGGAGUCGCCAAAUGUGGGACUCUGUCUGAAAUAGGAAGGGCUGAAGCACCAACACCAACAAAAUACCCCAUUCCAAAGCUUCAACUAGUGGAUAUGGAGCAGGUGUUAAAUGACGCUCGAUCAGCAUACCUUCAUCAGGUUUGAUGACCAGCCAGAGGGUCAGAAGCAAGUGCCUCACCUUUUAUUGCAGCUUACUUUUCUUGAUUUUGAUACAGUUCUGUCUUGGUUUGCUUACAUGUUACUUAAGAACUCUGUUUAAAUAAGCAGUAUAUUCACACUGAGUUUAUGUUUCCAUCGUUUUUUUUUUCGCCUUUGGGUUAUAUUGUUACAUUUUGACUUCCAUCAUCAGCUUUCUGGUGUACUCGUUUGUCCUUCUGUUUGAUCACCAGAGUGCAUUUUCUCCUGUGUUUUUAAUUAUUUGAAUAAAUUAUUGCAAGAAU